CUGUGAGGUAUACUGUCAUUUGCCGAGUGUUCGCCGCGCUGCGCACACGCGCCACUUGUAGCGUUCAUUUUUAUUUGUGCCUUCAUACACUCUCCACUGUCGAGGACAAAGUGACGAAUUGCGCGCUUACAGUGCUAGUUUUCACAGCUUUGUUUUUGUUAAAAUUCCACUGAAUUGUGAUCUGUUAAGUUUAUAAUGUUUAUGUCCGGAUUUCUCAUCUUCUCUCCUGAAAUAUCAGCUAGAAUGACUCCGCAAGAGGAGCGAGAGAGCGCUCGCGGCGCUGAGAUCGCGGACGCCUUCGAGGACGACAUGUUUGGCCCAUCGCGCACCGAGCCCGCCGUUGCACGACCAAAACUCUCCAUGAUCUCGGCUCGACUGCGCGCUAACGAGGAACGCAAGCGUGUCAUUGAAAUAUGCUCCCAGAAAUUAGAAAACAUCGAAGACCCCGCGCGUGACCUUCGCCGUUCCGUCUGUAUCAACAACACGUACUGCCGUCUAAGCGAGGAAGCCCGCAGGGAGAAGGAAGCCAGGCGCAGACGCGCCAGGGAGGAAUGCGACGAUUCCUGGAUCGGCAAGAAGGCCCGUCGCGCUGUGGAAGACGAAUGCCUGGCUCUCUUAGACGCUAUCCCAGAGUUGGGGGACGCGAACCUUGGUUGCGCACAGCUGGCGCGACAGAUGCCACGGCAGGACGUCCUUUUGCCCCCUGGCCUACUCACGGUUUUGGACUCAUGACCGCGCCGUUCCGUGCACCUAAACCCUCCGCUGUGAUGCCAGCGCCCGAGUGAACGAUGCUCGUGCGAGGUUACACCGCUCGAGUCGCUGACCGAGUUACCGGACGCGUUGUGAACUAGCGCGCCGCGGCAGCUAGUAACGCAAUCCGGCUCCGCUCGACGUCUCACCGCUGACACACCUUACCGCUGGACAUCGCGUUGAUACAAUCCACGUUACCCGAACGGACUACGUUUAGCCAAUUCUACGUUGUUUAAGAUGAGUACUUACAUUGUUAGCGUGUUUUAUAAUAUUUAGUGAAAGUUGCUCAGUCGCUAUCGUUGGGCGCGGUCCAAUUAGUGUUCGACCAUUUCUUUUAUUGAAGAACUGCUAAGUGACGUUGAGGUUAAGAUCAAAUGUAUAGUGAUGAAGUUGAAGGAUAAUUUCGGAGUUUUAGAUUUAAGCGAUAAUUAAUGUUACAUUAUUGUACUAUAAAUAGUUUAAUACGUAUAGUUUAUUGUAAUUUUGAUAAGUGAUAGUGCAAAGCAACUGGGGACGGUUACGCACGACGAACUGUGUAUCAUUUAGUUCUUUAGUAUUAUGCGCUGCCUCGAGUGAGAUUAAGAUAAUAGAAUAAGAGGCAUUACGAGUACAAGUUUACGAAGUCAGUGGAAAUGCUCGAAACAAAUAGUCCGAUAAACUUUGAAAGUAAAAGCUGAGAGCAGUGCGCUAUGAAGCGUGCGAGCGAGACCACACGCGUAUUGAGAAACAUUCUGACAUUACGUAUAUGACAUGUUCGUAACAAAGGAAAAAACACUAUACUAUACGACGCGAGGUGCUCGCCGCUUCUGAGCAUUGGUGACCUUACUCACGAAGAUAAGCCAAACGUUGGACCAAACCUUGGAUCAAAUGCAUUUUACAAGUCUGAUUCACAAUUAUUUUAAAGUGUUUUGUUUGACGCUAUUUUAUUUUGUAUAUUUUGUUCUUAAUGUUACCUUAUCCAUCUUUUUACGCUUCCUUACCAUUUUUGGUUGUUAAUGCGAUAAUUGCGUACUUAUUGUUUAUAAUAUUUACUUUGCUUGUUAAUUUAUUUUAGAGUGAUUUAGUUUAAAACGUAACGGUAUCGCUAACUCGUGCAAUAUACUUGUUAGGACAUGGUGCAAUUGAUGAGGAAAGUGAAGCUAGUAUUGAAAUCUUAACUGUCGCAAAAUAUCGGUAGAAGCCCAUUUCGCCCUCUGAAUAGUAAAUAGGUACCUGUAGGAAGUGUAGGUCGGGAGGCGAGAUGGAAGGGGGUCGUCACCACCCUCGGGAGGGGCAAAGCGAACCGUUCCCAGCACUCCUGUGAUAUUAGCCUAGCCUGUAUGUCGUAUUUGUGCUAGUUUCCCUGUCAUUUUUUGGAAUGCGCUCUGUAUAAACGCUUAAAGAUAUUAAUUCCUCCGAUCGGCGAUUUUAUACGGAUGGUCCGGUUUUAUGGUAUCCAAUUAGACUAAGACAACUUUAUCGUGUUGAUGUAGAUUUUUGUAUCAAGUUUGUAUAGUGCUUGUAUAGACCCUUCAGAGAUUGAACAAGAUCAAAGUAAAGGGACACAGUAAGACGUGACGUUGGCAAUUUCCGAUGUGAUUUUCUCACACGCUUCCUCCCCACGUUUAUGCAGAUGUGAGAGCGAGACGGCGUCUUAAAGAUUCGCUUGUUCAAUAGUUAUUGAGAACCAAAUGUAUUUUUAAAAUCACAAAAACGCACACUAAUUGUACAUUAUUGUUGUAGUUUGUAAUCUACGAGAUUAGUUACAAAGAAUGUCAAUAAAAAUUGUUAUUUCAUAGUAUUAUUGUCUCUUUUGUUCCUAAGUGCCUUGAUUAUUUUAUGAUUAUUAUUUCCUUCAACCUGCAUUAUGUUAACUGGCACAGGUCAUUGUCCAAAUUGUAAUGACUCAUUUAUUUUAAAGCUAUUGCUUUACAAAUUUAUAAAAAUUAAUGUAAAUAAAAUCUU